GCUUCGUCACUGUUCACAAUUGCCACGUCAGCCUUGCUUUUCCAUCUUCCUUUCUGCCUCGUCUCUUUCCUCCAUCCCUUUCUCUUAUUUUAGGCUGCUUACCUUCUUCCCUUUUCUCUCUUUCUCUCUCUUUUGCAGGUUUUGUUCCUUUCAAGUUUCAACACGCCAUUUCAGAAUUGGCUCUCAAUAUGAUCUUCUCGUUCAUUCAGCAAAAUCGUUCCUAAUUGUCGAUGGUACUCAUCUUUUCUUCCUGAUUCUCGAAAAUUAGGUUCUGAUUUUCGUUUGUUUUUUAUGCAAAAUUAGGGUUUUGUUACUCAUUUUUUUAGGAUGAAAUUUGGUGAAAAUCAGUUUGAUAAGGCUGGAAAAGAACUGAUUAAUGCGCGAUUUUUUUUUUCUUUUUUUUUUUAUUUUUUUUUCCCAUUAUUGAAUCAGUUUGUUUCAUUUUGGUAAAUUUUACAUUGAUUUUUGUUUAAACUUUGCUUCUUUUUUUUUUUUUAUAAAUAUUGUUUUAAAAUUCUUUUUGGUUAUUGUUGUUUUGUUUUGAUUUGGACACAAAAACUGUGGGUUUUCUUCAGAAUUUGAUGCUUUAUUUUCCUUGUUGAACAUCGUCAUCAACAGGUAAGCAUCAAAGAACAAUUUAUUUUAGGAUUGUAGAACUUUUUGUAUUUUUCCUUUUCGUCUGUCAUAUUCCACAUUCUUUGGUUUUCAUUUCAGUUUUUUUAUUGUGAAUUAACUGGCAAUGAAAACAAAAAUAGGCAAAGAUCGUCAUCAACAAGUGAAAGCUUUUCUUGCUGUGAUUGCAAGGAUGGCUGCUUUAGUUUUCCUUAGAAUGGUUGUUCAUGAUAAUGAUAAUCUUUUUGUUGCUACUGAAGUUGUUCAUGCUAUUGGGAUUGUUGUUCUUACUAUAAACUUACCAAGGAGAAAACUUGUGCUGCUUAAUGUCUUUUUUCUCAAUUGAAUUGCAUUGGAUCUUAUGCCUUUCGAGAUCAAAAAUGGCAACUCAUCUUCCAUUAUCCAUCAUAACAACUCGUUUUAUUUUCUCAAUUCUUCCAUUAUUUCUUAAAUGGUGACAUAAUUGUAUUUUACUUUAACUCAUAUCUGAGUGAGGAUUGAAGUCAUCGGUAAGUUCUCUCUCCAAUCUAGCUAUCAUCUGUCAGUGCACUGUAAAGACAGCAGUGCACUGUUUUUUUCAUUUGCUAAAAUAAUAAUUCUUAUUUUUCUUAUAGAAUUUGAUGAAUUUGAUGGAUUGUUGGUGUAGGUCUCAUAAAUUGAUUUCUUUGGUUUCCCAUGAGCAAUAGCUGCCUGCUGUAUAAUCAGAAUUGGGAACAAAAUUUUCAGUAAUUUUACCAAUUCUUGUGUUGUCUUUGUAUUUUCUAGCUCACAGCUUGCUGCUCUUUGGGUUGUAUCAUUUGUGCAUAAAAUCAUUGAUAGGGAAGUUAUGAAGCUCUUAGGGCUCACCCACACAAAAUGUGGAAGCGAUAUUAUUGUCUUGACCUGUAUAAAUGGACUCUUGAAUUUUUUAUAUUAAAACUAGAUUUCCUGAAUUUACUACAUCUUUUGCAGUUAAACAAACUAAUAGUGUUCUCUUGAUAAGCUUAAUGAGGAUUCUCUCCAACAUGCAUGGUAAGGGAUGCAGUUUACUACUAGCAAAUGAUUGUUCAAUGCCUAAAUUAGCUUUUAGUUAAGUCCUAUUGAUCCUUCUAAACGUUUAAUUAAGUUUGUCAUUUCUCAUGGUAAUUUUGGUACUGUUCAUCGUGGUGUUCAUGAUGGUCUUGAUGUUGCAGGUUUUUCUCAUUUCAUCAUUUACUUGUGCUGCUUAAUUCUUUACAUUCAUUUAAUUAUUUAAGCAUUGGUUUACAAUCUUAUUUUUUUGGGAAUGCUUUAAAUUAUUUUUCACUUUUAAUUUUGUUAGUUCUUGAGUUAACUAAUUUCUCUUGUUGGCUUAAAGGUCAUGAGUUAUGUUACCAAAGACCACUGGAAAUUAAGUUUGGAUCCAUUUUCUGAAAUUUGUAUAAGUUAGAUUUUCCUUUUGCCAUAGUUGAAUUCUUUUUCUGAGUUUGCCAUUUCCUUUAACAAGCAAUUUGUAUAAAUUUACAGUUUCUGAUCUUAGCAAUUUCUGACUUGAAUUCACUUUCUGAAUUUGCAGAAUUUUAGAUUUAGCAAUUUAUCAAUUUCACGGACGUGAAUCUCGGUCUCAAUUUGUUGAUUUUUGUUGUCAAUUUGUUUCAGAAACAUGAAUCUCCUUCUCAACCUUGGUAUUUUACUACUUCUCUCUUUAUUUCUUUUCCACUCACUAAUAAUGCUCUUUUAUUCCUUAAUUUGAUUGUUCAGAGUCUCACACAAUGUGUUUGAUCAAAUGUGUGACCCGACUUUAUGUGUUAUUUGUGUAUUCUUUGAUUUUUCUUGGGUUUUAAUAAUUUUCAUGCUCUUUCUUGAAAUUUUAUGUGUGAUAAAUUGAAGGUUGCGUCACUGGCAAAGUAAGAUGGCAUUACUUAGUGCUACGAUUAAAUUUGCUUAAUUGGUUUGAUUUCCCUAUUUGCAUUUAAGAUUUGAUUGGUUUGUUGAUUUUUUUUUUUAUUGGUUAUUUUGAUCUGCUCUUAUCUUAUUUAUUUAUUUUGAUUUGGGUUUUUUGUCAUGGGGUUUUCGUUUUAGAUUUGAAUGAGAGGGUUUUCGUUUUGUUUUGGUGAAAAAUUAGGGAUUUUCAUUUAGGGAAAGUUAGGGCUUUUCAUUUGAGGGUUUUCAAUUGAUUUCAAUUGAUUCGUUGAAUCAAAUUGACAACAAUUAUACACGGAUACUAUGCCCAGAGGAUCAUUUUGAGAUGAGCAUAUUGAUACAGAUAUGAUCCUUCCUCUCUUGUACAAUUUUUGCAGUUCAUGUACAGGUUCAAUUGGGUUCCCUUUCACAUGAUAAUGAAUCUGGAUGAGUACCGACCCGUUUGUAUUAAAAGUUUUGGCAAUAGAGCUCUCUCGUUGUCGACAUCUUUGUCAUCCAGGAAUAAGAUUAGUUGCUGCUAAUGAAGCCUUCAAGGAUCUCAACAACAAGGCCAAGGUUGAGGAGGGUGAGGAAGAUGAUGAAAUUAAGGAUCUUUUAAAGCCAGGGAGGAAGAAGAAAAAUGAAAGAAGUGCUGCAGAGAUUGCUGAGUUGGUGGAGACACUAAUGGCUGAGCUUGAAGUUGUAGCCGAAGAAGAUGCUGUUCUCAAUACACUGGAGAAACCAGCCAUUAAUAAGCUGAGGAAGCUGCCACUUCUUACUGAAGCUCUUUCCAAGAAACAACUUCAACAUGAGUUUCUUGACCAUGGAGUUCUGACAUCAUUAAAAAAAAUUGGCUCGAGCCACUGCGUGAUGGAAGUUUGCCCAAUAUCAAUAUACGUGAAGCAAUAUUGAGGAUUUUGACUGAUUUCAUUAUGUUUUUAUCAAGAUCAGAUGAAGAGACAACAUCAAAUAGGAAGCUUGCUAAGGAUUUAGUAGAUAAAUGGGUAGGUUGAUUACAUUGUUUUAACACUCAAAAUUUAUACACUGAACUAAUACCUCCUACUAGCAUCACUCCCCACAGGCAACAGAUGAUAGUAUGACAUUGGGGACUGCGUUAGCAAAUUGGAGUUCUCUUGGUGCUUUUACGUUCAAAAUGGAAUUGUGAACGCAGGAACAAUUGAUCAAUUUUUAAAAAAAAUAAAACCAAACAUGGCGACUAAGUGGCAAUAAACAGACCCGCCACGCAUCAAAUUAAAAAAUAAAAAAAUACCGUCAUCCUUGGCGACGAAAUGCCGACAGGAUAUCCCGUCGCCAUGUAGUAAAAUAAAAAAAAAAUGGCAGAUGGCGACCACUGGGCGACGAUAGGUCCCGUCGCCAAGUAACUUUCUGCUUUCGUGACCAGCCUCUCUCUCGCCUUGCCAUCGCCAUCGCUAAAUCAGUUGUUUUUUGUAGUGUGAAAUUAUCAGUCUCUCCUAUAAUCAACAAAAACAUUUUCCCUUUACAACAAUUUUCCGCAUGUUUUUGGCAUGUUAUCAUCAAACUUGAAAGUGUAUAUUGGUGAAGUAUCUACCUUAAUGAUAAAGCUAUCUAAAUAAAUAACAAAUCAAUACUUUUGAGCAAUUUAUUAUUUAUUUUUGAA